AUGCGCUUUGCACUGAGCCUGAGCACCAAGUAUGCGCCAAGCAGCGGGCCAAAGGGGGAGCUCAGCACUAUGCAUCGGCACAUUCAGCUCACCAGCAUGGAAUGGAUUGACACGGCGCUGUUGGAGAGAGGUGUCUUGCCCAGUGUGAAGCGGCCGAGCGCUCAGAUGCCUCGCAGCUUGGCGCGGCCGCAGGGCGCAUCAGCAUCGAUUUUUGAUGCAAUUUCACUGCGGCCCAUUCCGUCCGUGACAACCUUGGCAAUAGUUGUAGAAGACACCCUGCAAGUGCCUUGGCCGACAUCCGGGGUGUUGCUGAGGAGUGCAGCACCCAACAGAUUGUGA